GUUAUUAUUUGGGAAAAAAAUUAUCUGGGUUGAGUUGGAUGGUAUGGAUAGGGAUAAUGGCCUAUAGCAGACAUUUCUACAACGUUAUUCUUCUCAUCUCUCUUUCUCAGAUUCUUUCUUUGUUAGUGUGUCCAUGAAUCCGCUCUUGUUGGCUUCUUUUUCUAGUACCACUACUGCUGCUGCUGCUGUUACUAAAACUGCUACAACUGCUAUUGACCUUAUAAUUCUCCAUUUGUUGCCACCUGGGUUUCAUAAACUAGAUUUGUGAGAAGUUGGUGAUAUAUAUAUAUAUAUAUAUAUAUAUAUAUAUAUAUAUACACAUUGGAGGGAUCAACCUUUUAGCACAUUUACAUGGUCAUGGGUUCUUGAUUUUGUUGUUGUUGCUGUUUAAUUUUGGGAAUUUAUGGACUUAUAGACUAGAUUUUUCCUGUCAGAGAUUUCUGAUUUAAUAACUGAAUUUCGAAUCUUUGUUAGUCCAUUUCGUGUUCUGGGUUUUGGUUGGUGGUGGUGGUGGUGGUGGUGGUGGUGGUGGCUAACAGGAUAAAAACAGACUUCUGUUGGAAUUAGAAACUCAGAAUCUAUGGAUUCUUUGAUUCUUUCUUGUGGGUGUGUAUGAAUUUCUUAUCUUCAUUUUUGGGUUGUUUCUUGCGCUCAAUCUGAAUUUGUAGCUCUGUUGGUGGAUAAGAUAGCAUCUUCUCUUAUACCCACUUCUCCUUUUCGAUUCCACUUGUUUAUAGUGAAUUUGAGUCUGGUGGACUUUGUUCCUCCUUAUUUCUUGUGCCUCUUUUGUUUUUGCUGGACAGUUUGUGUAGAUUUGAUAGCUGGUCUCUCUCUCUCUCUCUCUCUCUCUCUCUUUCCCCAACACCACCCCCCCCUCCCCCCCUCUUUAUGUUUUCUAACUGGAAUUAGCAGUAACACUCACUUCAGCUUGGUACUGUUUCUUGGUAGCUUGCGUUGGCUACUGUUUUGGAUGAGUUUGCUCCAUGUAUUUGGGUUUGGUUUAAAGGUGGGGCAUCUACUUUGGAUGCUAUGUUGCUGGAUUGUAUCAGUAAUUUCUUUGAACUGGUUCGUUAAUGGUGAAAUUGUGGAGAGCAAGACUGGUUUGCUUGGUGAUGGUGGCAAGAUGUGGCUCAGGGUCUGGGAGAAGAUCUCAGGAAAUAGUUGCAAGAUGCACCAUCACUACUACCAGUAUAUUGGGUCGAAGAGAGUUAGAAAAACAUGGUGGAGAAGGCUCUUGGUGGCAUGGGUAAUUGGCUGGAUCAUGGUCUCUUUAUGGAUCUUAUGGUACAUGAGCUCGCAAGCCACUGAGAAGAGGAAAGAGACCCUUGCAAGCAUGUGUGAUGAGAGGGCCAGGAUGCUACAGGAUCAGUUUAAUGUGAGCAUGAACCAUGUACAGGCCAUGUCCAUUUUGAUUUCAACCUUUCACCAUGGCAUGAACCCUUCUGCUAUUGAUCAGAGGACUUUUGCAAGGUACACAGAAAUAACUGCUUUUGAGAGGCCCCUCACAAGUGGUGUGGCAUAUGCUGUAAGGGUGCACCACUCUGAAAGGGAACAAUUUGAGAAACAACAAGGCUGGACGAUUAAGAGGAUGGAUACCCUUGAGCAAAAUCCAGUUCAUAAAGAUGACUAUACCCCAGAGUUACUGGAGCCAUCCCCAAUUCAAGAAGAAUAUGCCCCUGUCAUCUUUGCACAGGAUACCAUUUCACAUGUGGUUUCUCUUGAUAUGCUGUCUGGAAAAGAAGACCGUGAAAAUGUGUUACGUGCUAGAGAAUCAGGAACAGGGGUUCUAACUGCUCCUUUUAGGUUACUCAAAACUAAACGCCUUGGAGUUAUAUUGACAUUUGCUGUCUACAAGAGAGAUAUCCCCUCAAAUGCGACUCCAAAUGAGAGGAUUCAAGCGACUGACGGGUAUCUUGGAGGAGUCUUUGAUAUCGAAUUGCUUGUGGAAAAGCUACUGCAACAACUUGCAAGUGAACAAACUAUCAUAGUGGAUGUGUAUGACACUACUAAUCAAUCUCACCCCAUCAGCAUGUAUGGCUCAAAUGUAUCAGAUGAUGGGUUGCAACAUGUUAGCUCUCUUAAUUUUGGAGAUCCCCAUAGAAAGCAUGAGAUGCAUUGCAGAUUCAAACAAAAGCCACCAUGGCAAUGGUUAGCAAUAACAACUUCAUUUGGGGUUCUUGUGAUUGCAUUGCUUAUUGGACAUAUUUUCCACGCGACUGUAAAUCGAAUUGCCAAAGUUGAAGAUGAUUAUCAUGAAAUGAUGGAGCUUAAAAAACGAGCUGAGGCAGCUGAUAUUGCAAAAUCUCAGUUUCUUGCUACAGUUUCUCAUGAGAUCAGAACCCCAAUGAAUGGAGUUCUAGGAAUGUUACAUAUGCUUAUGGACACAGAUCUAGAUGUAACUCAACGAGAUUAUGUCAGAACUGCACAAGCCAGUGGAAAAGCUCUUGUCUCAUUAAUCAAUGAGGUUUUAGAUCAAGCAAAAAUUGAAUCUGGUAAGCUUGAGCUUGAGGAUGUGCAGUUCAAUCUACGGGCAAUAUUGGAUGAUGUAUUAUCACUCUUUUCUGACAAGUCUCAAGGGAAAGGAGUAGAGUUGGCAGUUUACAUCUCUAAUAGUGUUCCUGAAAUGCUAAUUGGUGAUCCAGGGAGGUUCCGGCAAAUCAUCAUCAAUCUCAUGGGAAAUUCAAUAAAAUUCACACAUCAAGGGCACAUCUUUGUGACCGUCCAUCUUGUGGAGGAGGUGAUUGACUCCAUAGAUACAGGGACAGAACCAUCAUCAAGGAACACCUUGAGUGGUUUGCCCAUUGCAGAUAGACGCCGCAGCUGGGCUGGAUUUAGGGCUUUCAGUCAGGAGGGAUCUAGUCGUACUCUUUUGCCAUCCCCUCCUGACCUUAUCAAUCUAAUCGUUUCUGUUGAGGAUACAGGAGAAGGGAUCCCUCUUGAUUCCCAAUCUCGCAUUUUUACUCCUUUCAUGCAGGUUGGUCCAUCCACUUCUCGAAAGUAUGGAGGCACUGGGAUUGGCCUAAGUAUAAGCAAGUGUUUGGUUGGCCUCAUGAAUGGGGAAAUUGGGUUUGUAAGCAUACCCAAGAUUGGGACCACCUUUACAUUUACUGCUGUUUUUGCCAAUGGCUGCUCCAAUUUAAAUGAGUACAAGAGUCACAAAAUCGGCAACCAGUCUAACACUAUCUUUUCUGAAUUUCAAGGCAUGACAGCGUUAGUUGUGGAUCCAAGGCCUGUUAGGGCCAAGGUUUCAAGAUAUCAUAUUCAGCGGCUUGGAAUUCAUGUUGAAGUGGUUUAUGAUUUAAAUCAAGCUUUAUGUAGCAUAAGCAAUGAGAAUGCAGUUGUCAACAUGGUCCUUAUUGAACAGGAAGUUUGGGAUAGGGAUUCAAGUGUUUCAGCUCUAUUUGUCAGUACUAUAAUGAAAAUUGAUCACGAUGUUUCUCCAAAACUAUUCCUUCUGGCUAAUUCUAUCAGUUCUUCCAAAACAAAUACUGCAACUUCUGGUGUUUAUACCCUAAGUGCCAUCAUGAAGCCCCUUAGGGCAAGUAUGCUGGCUGCAUCGUUACAACGAGCAAUGGGUGUUGGGAACAAGGGGAAUCCAUGCAAUGGGGAACUCUCCAACCUUCUUCUUGGGAGAAAAAUUCUUAUUGUAGAUGACAAUGGUGUGAACCUCAAAGUAGCUGCUGGUGCUUUGAAAAAGUAUGGAGCUGAUGUGGUCUGUGCAGAGAGUGGGGAAAAGGCAAUCAAAUUGCUUACUCCACCCCACCAGUUUGAUGCCUGUUUCAUGGAUAUCCAGAUGCCAGAAAUGGAUGGGUUUGAAGCUACACAGAAAAUACGGGAUAAAGAACACAAUUUCAACAAUUCUAUUCAAAAUGGAGAUGCUUCAGUUGGAACCUAUGAAAAUGUUCCAAAUUGGCAUGUUCCCAUCUUAGCAAUGACUGCAGAUGUAAUCCAAGCUACACAUGAGGAAUGCCGAAAGUGUGGAAUGGAUGGAUAUGUUUCUAAGCCAUUUGAAGCUGAACAACUGUAUAGGGAGGUUUCACGAUUUUUCCAGUCAACUUCCAAUGUGAUUUUAUAGAGGGGGACUUCUAUUGAAAUGCUCAUGACAUGAACACAAACACCUGUUCUCUGGGACGUGUUGGGAUACAUGCAUUGGUUAAGAUUUUCUCCCAAGAGAAAACAAUUGUUUUGUUAAAGAGUGUAUAUAGAAGCCAUGAUUGAUUGGGCUUGAGUUUCAUUGAUUGUUUUGUGGACCACAAGGUGAAGCUGGUUCAAUUUUCCUUGUAAAGUUGAUCUCAUUUGCAAGCUGUUGGUUAGGGUUGUGCAGAGGCAAAGCUUUUAGGAUAGGACGUCGAAUUUGAUAAUCGAUGCCAAUUUCACAUAGAUGGAGAAAUCCAGACAAUUGAGUGUAUCAUAGAUAUCCUCUUGUUCUUGUUGCAAUAAAUUCAUGAUGAUAAAUCGUAGCAUAGGUGGUGGAUUCAGGUGAAAGGAUGAAAGACAGGCUACUUAGCGGAGGAGGAGAGAACACAUCAUGUAUAUUAUCUCAUUAAUAAGAUGUUGAUGUAAUCAUACUCUCUUAUUUCUUCUUCAUUUUGUUUCUAACAAUACAAAGAGUUUGUUGUACCAAGAAUUGAUGUAACUUAUAUGGUGACAGUGUAUCAAAUCUCAGUAAUCUCA